UAAUGCCCCAAACUUGGAGGCUUAUAUGCUCCCUGGAAGCCUUAAUAGAGAAGCAUGAUUUGAAAUUCUCUGCAGAAGAUUUAGGCUACACUUACGACUUGCGUACCUCAGGAAAAGGCCGGUUCAUUCUCAAAGUUAAGGCCGGCAGAGAACCGUUGAUCCUCGGAAUAAGCAAUGCGAAUGACAGAGGGUGGAUGACCAAAUUUUUCUUCGUAGAGAGAUCUUCCCUUGGCGAGAACGGAGGAAGCUUGACCGACGACUGGGGAACUACUAGUGAGGAUAAGAAAACCAUUCCUCUCGAAUUUGGCUCUCAAGCGGAGGAACACACCGUUCGUCUUCUGGAUCUUGGGACUGAAGCACGUUUAUACUCAGUACUAGUUACUGAAAUCAAAGGUACGGAUGAAGAAACUCAUGUGAUUACCCCUCUUUGUGUAGGCGUACGCCAUUCUAUCAGAUGUUUGUCUAUGUUGUCUAGCCUAUCCAAAGAUGGAUCCUCUAUUCAGUUGAAGGUUCCGAUAAGGAGGAUGAUGUUGUCAGCAUAGACGAGGAGACGGGCAUGCAGCGAGCUCCAGAAGGUUGCCUUUCGGUUUCCUUGGUUAAUCCCAUCUCAGCCUUGCCAUCUACUGCUGCGGGUAAUCCAUCCUCUCCCGUUAUUAUCUAUAUAUUCUGUUCAGCUGCUUCUUCUUCAACUAGCACUCGUAAACCUUUGAAUCCCCUCGACCCUGCUCGUUUAUCAUUGAAAUGGAAGAAAAUGACUCCCCCUCUCUCUCCCGUUGUUAAAGCAAGGCCUGCGGAAGCUUUCCCCCUACCUAAGCCUUCCGAACCUGUGAUUAUUAAUAUCCGAGCCAUGCCCCCAGUUGAGUUGAAUGCCGAAUUCUUUGGCGGCUUUCAUGGCUUGGACAAGGUCUUGCAAACAAGAAAGGAGAUCUCCCCGCUACUGUUGCCUUCAACUGGGAAUGCGUUUUCGGACGUCGCUCUUGCCGACAUGCUUUCAGCUUCGUCUGAAUUUUUAUUUCAGGGAAUGCAAGUUUCCUUGGCAGCUGAAGAACGCAUCCGAGAUCUGGAGGGUUCAUUGGUUGUUUCUAAACAAAGUGAGGAGGCUGCGGAAAAGAAGUUAUCCGAGCUGAACCAGAUGAAGUUGAAGUUGGACGAGAAAAUUCUUGCUCAAGAGGAAGUUGUCAACCGGUUGAAUGACGAAAUAAAGGUCCUAAACGCGAAGCUGGAGGUCCAAGCUGCUAGGAUCAAAUCCCUGGAGGACUACGGGAGGAAGAAAAGGCAAGAAGUCAUUGAUACAACUGAGUUUUACGCCUGGCAAACCAAGAAGGAUAUCAUGAAAUCUUUCCUUGCUGGUGAAUCUGACAAAUGGGAUCUGCAAGCUGAUAUUGACACUUGGGAAAUGUAUUUCGAAGGCUCCGACCCUCCUGUAGGUGAUGAUGGAUUUGAUUUGGGCACUUGCAAUACCGAAGCUGAUUCUGGUCCCUCCACCAAAUAUGAUCUUGUCAUUGUUUGCUUUUCUUACAUGUGGACAUCUUCCGUUUGCUAAUCUGCUUUUCACUUAAUAUACAUCACAUUUUGGGCCACAUCGACGGGUGGUUUAUCCCGUAUUCGGUGGUCUUGUUUCUCUCUUCAUACACAUCCUAUUUUGAGCCACACCGACAGGUGGUUUAUCCCGUGUUCGGUUGUCUUGUUUUCGUCAUCGACUCAUAUCUCAUUGUCGGAGUUUGACAUUUAUGUGCAAUUGAC